UGGAAUCCCAGUUACUCAGGAGGCUGAGGCAGGAAGAUCGCAAAUUCGAGAACAACCUUGGCAACUUAGUGAUUCUUCCAGCUGCCGGCUGUGAUGACUAUCUCAAAAUAAAAAAAUAAAAUGCAAAUGUUUCCCCACGUGUGGCAAUCCCUGGGACACUCCUUCUCAAUUAUUGAGAACUUCUAGUAUGGAGGUCCUGAAGUUCAUCAGACCCAUCUCCCAAACAGCCGGGUCUGAGCGACUUGCUGAGGCUCCAAUCGCACUGGGAACAGCACUGCACCUCUGUUUUAACAGAGCUGUAAUUAUUUGUUUGCAUAUUUGCUCCUCCCACCGGGGGUGUGACUUCUUGCCCCUUCAAGGUCUGAAGAUGGAGACUGUCUUCUUGUCCCAGUGCAUGCCCAGCCCCUGCCUUCCAAGUUGGCACCUCUCCCAGACCUCUGUGGGAAGAGCCACAGCCCCAUCCCUCCAACCUCAGGAGAAGAGAAGCCGCAGCCUGAUGGUGAGCCGAAUGGGCUGGGGGGGGAGCAGGGGGCGGCUGGGGCACUGGGGCGAGCUGGGGCCUGGCUCAGUGCCCCUGCUCCCUGUGCCCCUGCUGCCCCCUACUCCUCCACGUCGAGGACCUGGGGGAGGGAGGGUCUCCUUCUUCUCUCUGUCCCCUACCCCUCGUCCAAGAAGCUCCUUCUCCUCACCAUUGCCUCCUGCCCUGGGGUCCUCCUGCCCAGUGCUGCAGGGGACAGAGGCCUCUCAGCCUGGCCACAGUGCCCUCCCCAUCCCAGCUACCCCCCCAACACAGGCAAGACCUGCAUCGACACCGGCAUUUGCUUCCUCCUCCUGGGGAUCCCACUCCACCCCACCCCUGGCCUCUGUCACUCCCCCUCCCUCACGCCGGUGCCCCCAGGACCCUCCUGGGCUGCGGAUAGGCCUUCUGAUCCCUGAGCAGGAUUAUGAGCGGCUGGAGGACUGUGACCCUGAGGGGUCCCAAGACUCACCCCUCCAAGGGGAGGAGCAGCAGCCCCUACUUCAUGUGCCUGAAGGGCUCCGGGGCUCCUGGCACCACAUUCAGAACCUGGACAGCUUCUUCACCAAGAUCUACAGCUACCACCAGCGAAGUGGCUUUGCCUGCAUCCUGCUGGAGGAUGUCUUCCAGCUGGGACAGUUCAUUUUCAUUGUCGGCUUCACAACCUUCCUUCUUCGAUGUGUGGAUUACAAUGUUCUCUUUGCCAACCAUCCAAAUAACCGCACAAGGCCUGGGCCAUUCCACAGCAAAGUGAGCUUGUCAGAUGCCAUCCUAUCCUCAGCCCAGUGUGCAGAGAGGAUUCAUGCCAGCCCCCUGCUGGUCUUCCUCCUGGUCCUGGCUGCUGGCUUCUGGCUGUUCCAGUUGCUUCGCUCAGUUUGCAACCUCUUCAGCUACUGGGACAUCCAGGUGUUUUACAGGGAGGCUAUGCACAUCCCCCAGGAGGAGCUCAGCUCCGUGCCCUGGGCGGAAGUGCAGUCCCGCCUUCUGGAGCUGCAGAGGAGCGGGGGGCUCUGCGUGCAGCCUCGGCCGCUGACGGAAUUGGACGUCCACCAUCGCAUCCUGCGUUAUACCAACUACCAGGUGGCGUUGGCCAACAAGGGCCUGCUGCCCGCCCGCUGCCCGCUACCCUGGGGAGGCAGUGCGGCUUUCCUCAGCCGCGGCCUGGCCUUCAACAUCGACCUGCUUCUCUUCCGUGGUCCCUUUUCGCUCUUCCGUGGUGGCUGGGAGCUGCCUGAUGCCUACAAGCGCAGCGACCAGCGGGGCGCCCUGGCCUCGCGCUUGGGGCGCACAGUGCUGCUGCUGGCUGCCGUGAAUCUGGCGCUGAGCCCUCUCGUGCUGGCCUGGCAGGUGCUACACGCCUUCUACAGUCACGUGGAGCUGCUACGACGCGAGCCCGGCGCGUUCGGGGCGCGCCGCUGGUCCCGCCUGGCGCGCCUGCAGCUGCGCCACUUCAACGAGCUGCCACAUGAAUUGCACGCGCGCCUGGCCCGCGCGUACAGGCCAGCAAUGGCCUUCCUGCGCGCCGCGGAGCCCCCUGCGCCCCUGCGCGCGCUCUUGGCUCGCCAGCUCGUCUUUUUCUCUGGCGCGCUCUUCGCAGCGCUGCUGGUGCUCACCAUUUAUGAUGAGGACGUGCUCGCAGUAGAACACGUACUCACCACCAUGACUGCGCUCGGGGUGACAGCCACCGUGGCCAGGUCUUUCAUUCCGGAAGAGCAGUGCCAGGGGCGUCCCCCGCAGCUCCAGCUGCAGGCCGCCCUGGCGCACAUGCACUACCUCCCAGAGGAUCCCAGCGCUGGCGGCAGGGCCAGUGCCUACGGGCAGAUGGCGCAGCUACUGCAAUACCGAGCGGUCUCUCUCCUGGAGGAGCUCCUGUCCCCACUCCUCACCCCGCUGUUUCUGCUUUUCUGGUUUCGCCCUCGUGCAUUGGAGAUUAUUGACUUUUUUCAUCACUUCACUGUGGAUGUAGCUGGGGUUGGGGACAUCUGUUCAUUUGCCCUUAUGGAUGUGAAGCGCCAUGGCCACCCUCAGUGGCUCUCGGAGGGACAGACAGAAGCCUCCCUGUCUCAGCGUGCAGAGGAUGGAAAGACUGAGCUCUCCUUGAUGCGCUUCUCGCUGGCACACCCACAAUGGCGUCCACCAGGGAACAGCUCUAAGUUCCUUGGGCACCUUCGGGGCCGGGUACAACAAGAUGCAGCUGCCUGGAGUGCUACCUCCACUCGAAGCCCCCCAACUCCAGGGGUGCUCAGCAACUGCACCUCACCUUUGCCAGAGGCCUUCCUGGCCAACCUCCUGGGGAAUCCGCUUCUACCUCCAAGGGACUUGAGCCCCACAGCCCCCUGCCCAGCUGCCGCCACAGCCAGCCUUCUUGCCUCCAUUUCCCGCAUUGCUCAGGACCCCAGCUGUGUGUCCCCAGGAGGCACUGGGAGCCAGAAGGUGGCCCAGCUCCCAGAGCUUGCUUCUGCUGAGAUGAGUCUCCAUGCCAUCUACCUACACCAGCUUCAUCAGCAGCAGCAGCAGGAACUGUGGGGCGAGGCUUCAGCCUCCUCCCCAUCCAGGCCCUGGUCUAGUCCCUCACAGCCAGCCUCGCCCGAUGAGGAGAAGCCAUCCUGGUCCAGUGAUGGUGAGGAGGCUGGGAUGCAGGGGCAGAUGUUACUAGAUGUUGAACAUCAUGGCACUGCCCAGCUGACGGCUUUUGUCACCAGGCUCCAGUCCUGCCUCCAGUCCCAGACAGCAGUGGGGAACCCAGAGGGUCCGGAAUUUGUUCCAUAGAGGGUUUCAAGAGACCACAGACACCCUGAAGGAGCCUGGCCAGGUCCCCAGCACUGACUGAACAGACUCUUCAGGUUCCUGGCUUCUCCAGCUACAGGAGAUUGUGGAUGGGUGUCAUGGAAGGACACACAGAGCCCUAUAGAUGACAGUCCAGGAUGCUUUAGUUGGGCAGAACCUGGGGGUCAAUAAGGAACUGGCCCCAGAGAACAGGAAGAGUAGGAAAGGAGGCGAUGCCUGUGGUAUGGGGAAACCAGUCUAAGGAAUAGUCCCCACAUAAAGGGGCUAAAGGACAGUGCCCCAACUGGCUGUCUUAGAGCAGUUACCUGGGAAGAAAUUCUCUGAUAACAAGAUGGAGUUCAGGGGCCCAGAUGGAGAUCAGGCUAAGUGUUAGGAAGACAGUGAGGAACGUGGUCUGCAAGGCAGGGGGUUCUUCCCUCUGGGGGAAAGGAGCCUCCCCUUUAGGUUCCCAUAAGACUUGGGGAAAAUGGGGCCUUGUGUGUGGAAAAACUAGGGAGGCCUCAUCUUUUGGACUUCAGCAUUGAGGAAGUAGGUGUGGCUUCUUAUCCUGUGUGAAGUAAGCAGUAAAAAUUGCUCAUAGCUGUUUGACAGUAGUCUCUGGCAUGCCCCACUUCUGGCAGCUGAGGGCUGCAUCUGCUUUCUCAAUAAAGAGCAACAGAACAACACAGGAGAAUUGCCUGUGAUUGGCUGGAAACCAUGGUUUUAGAGUGCUAGGUCACCUGCAGUGUGUAGGACUGGCUGGCAAAGAAUUACCACCCCCACAGCUAAACAAGUUAAAACAAAUCUUGUCUUUUUAUAAUUGUAAUCCAUAGGGAUUGGGUUAGGCAUCUCAUAACAUCUGGCAUGAUGAUCUCAUAACAUCAGUCUCAUGAUACUCUUCAAUAAUAAAUAUUUGAAUGAUUUAGACUUUAAAGGUGACACUCCUUCCUGAGGGGUAAUCUACAGUUCACCUAAAGCACACCAAGGCAGGGAAGCAGUAAGCACACCCCCCCCCCCCCCCAAUACCAUUGCUGGCAGGGGCCUUCUAGAGUUAGGCAGAUUCCUGCCAGAAGCCAGUCUGGAGAGAGAGGAAGAAUUUUUCUUAUUCCCAGAGGAAUAAGGCUGGAUUUCUGCAGCCUUGCAGCAGGUGCUAGAAGGCACCUUUAAGAGGUGUGGGGAAGUGGCUGGCCCUGGUUAACCGACAGUAGUGUGAUAGCCUCUCUCUUUGGGCACUGGAGUGGAAAACCAGAGGGCCAUCAAGGGUAGAGGGUGUCUGAGCCUGGUGGGUCAAAGGCCCAGGGCACUGCGCCCCGCAGCUGUCGCUCCUGCAGGGAAAAGCUCUGGGUGCGUAUGCGGCUUGUCACCUCUUGAGUGCGAAGAGUGAGCCCGAAAAUGUCCUCGUGGUAGCGUUGCUGAUCCUGCGGGAAAAGAGCUCAGGUUAUCAGAACAGGGUUCGAGAACCUAGAGGUUUGCUUGGGACCUGUCCCGGGCCCCGCCCCUUCACCCGGUCAAGCACUGCCCCCGCCCUGGCCCCGGGCCUCGGCCCUUCGCACCCGCAGCACGCCGAUAACGUCACCCGCCUCGUCCAGCUCCAUGUCGCCCUCUGUCGCUAGGAUUCGCUGCACAGUUUGCAGGACGCUGGUUGCCAUGGUGACAUCGCCGCAAACAAACAUAUGGCCCCUCUCGAGGCACAGCACGCGGUGCACCUCAGCAGCCAGCUCAGUCCUCAGGACGUCCUGCACGCUUCAGGCAGCCCCCGCGCCCUCGGGGUCGCGCACCUUGGGGCUGUCGGGUUCCCGGGAGAAGGCGGUGAGGACGCGGCCAAACACCCCGCGCUGCUGGGCGUCUUGCACCUCGUCGCGGUAGAGAUGGUCGAGUUGGGAGCAUCGGCAGCCGAAUACCAGAGUCAUGGGGGCGGGCUGAAGUCCUAGGAGCAACACGGCUUGGGAGGGGCCCUAUUUGGGUGCAGCCCUAGCGACACCGCCCCAUUCGUUGGCCACCUUCGCCCAGACUGACAGCCCAGCAUUUAUGUCGAAAGCAACUACUUUCCUGGCUGUUUGACCUCUAGGGCAAUACGUGACGCUUUCAUAGAGACUUGAAGUCUCUUUACCGAUAAGGAAACCGAUCUCAGGUGGCUGGCCAGUGGUGGAGCCAGGCUAGAACUGGGUCUUCUGACUGGAAACUCCUUGCCCUUUGCGUUGUGACAUUGCAGGUUCCCACAUUCUCCCACUCCUUCAACCUUCUUCUGAGUCACAGCCCCCUUUUGAUUGACACCCCAUGCCCAACCUAAACACUCUGUCACUUCCUUAGGUGAGCCACACCUAGGUGAGCUCUGGCACAGCCCAGAAUCUACCUGGGACAUUCUUUUGCCUUUCGGGUCUCAGCCCAUCCCUUCUUUCUUCUUCUUCUUCUUUUUUUUUUUUUGGUACUGGGGCACUCAACCACUGAGCCACAUCCUCAGCCCCCCCCCUUUUUUUUUUUUAAGAGACAGGGUCUCACUGAGUUGUUUAGCACCUAGCUGUUGCUAAGGCUGCCUUUGAACUUGUGAUCCUCCUGCCCCAGCCUCUUGAGCCUCUGGGAUUACAGGCAUGCGCCACCACACCCAGCUUGCCUUCCUUCUUAAUUCAAUUCUGCACCUAGUAUGUACCAGGGAGCGGGACAAACAAGGCCCAGCCCUCACCGCCAGGCACCUCCCAACCCCAGCCUUGUUCUAAUAAAUUUCCCUUCACCUUUGG